AUGGCGGAAUCUAACCUCAAUCCGGAGCAGCAUCAGCCGGGAAACGACUUGCCAGGCGGUCCACUACCGCCAGGAGUAAACCCACAACACCCGGGAAUGCAACGGCAUUCGGCUCCAUUUUUCAACGGUCCACCAUCAGCGCAGCAAUCUUCAAGUACCAGUUCGUCUUCCGCCGAAGCAUCCUACCAGCUCUUUCAGCAGCUAAUGCAGCAGCAACAGGUAUUCAUGCAGCAGCAGCAACAACAGUUAAUGCAGCAGCAGCAAGAUUUCUUCCGGAGUGUCAUCUCAUCAAUCAGUAUUCAGGUCCCUCCAAACCCUGAAAUGAUUCUCGAUUCACUAGCAAACAAUAUCAAAGAGUUUCGCUACGAUCCGGAUGAAAACACAACCUUCGCUGCAUGGUACGGCAGAUACGACGAUUUGUUCGAGCAAGAUGCUGCCCGGCUGGACGAUGAAGCGAAAGUCCGCUUGCUCAUGCGAAAACUCGGAUCAUCUGAGCACGAAAGAUAUGUGAGUUACAUUCUGCCGAAAUUACCGAAGGACUACAAAUUUACUGAUACAGUUGAAAAACUGAAAAUCCUUUUCGGCACUGCAGAGUCCGUCAUCAGUAAACGGUAUCGGUGUUUGCAGGUUACCAAACAACCGACCGACGAUUACGUCACAUAUGCUUGUCAAAUCAACAAGACAUUUGUUGAAUUCGAGCUGAGCAAACUAACCGAGGAGCAGUUCAAAUGUCUUAUGUUUGUUUGCGGACUAAAGUCGGAAGGAGACAGCGAAAUACGAACGCGGCUACUGUCGAAAAUUGAGGAACGCGAUGGUAUUACUCUCGAUCAUCUUUCGGAAGAUUGUCAGCGAUUGUUGUGCCUAAAGCGGGACACGGCAAUGAUCGAGUCAUCAUCAUCACCGUCAUCGGUAAAUUUCAUCAAGCGAAAACAACAAUUUUCAAAACAUCAACAGAAGCCGCCAGUGGAGACAGCCGGACCCGACAAAAACAUUCCCUCAACGCCCUGCUGGUUCUGUAGAGGAAUGCAUUUCGUUCGAGACUGCAGUCAUAGGAGCCACAAAUGCAAAGAUUGUGGUGUUGUCAGACACCGUGAGGGUUAUUGUUCCACUGCCAAGCGAACAUCCAAAGCCAGUCGAAACAAAAAGCACCCGGGAUAG